GUUAUCUCCAGUUCCACAUUAUUUAAGAGCUAAGAGAAAAUUCUUGCCAUUAAUCAAAAUGCCUCCAAGGUCAGAAACCGUAGCCGUUUCAACCCUCAAAAUCAAACCGCCCCCAAAUCGCAGUCCCGCCCAAAAUGGCACCUUAUGGUUGAAAGACAAGCACGAAACGGACGGAGCUGAGGGCUUAUGGCGGGUCCACGACAAACUCUACGACUUAAGCAAGUUUCUCAAAAACCAUCCAGGGGGGUCCGAAUGGCUAGAACUCACGAAAGGAACUGACAUAACCGAGGCGUUUGAGGUACACCACCUUACUAAGCUCCCCGAACAGCAACUAGAAAAACACUUCGUACGCAAUGCCCGGUCCAAAAGGAACUCACCGUUUACUUUCAAAGAUGACGGUUUUUACAGGACGCUGAAAGGAGAAGUUAUGGAAGUUUUGAAGACUUUGCCCAAACAACCGGUUAACACUUCGGCUGUUUUCACGGAUUUUCUUCUAGCUGGGACGUUUGUUUUUGCUAUUAUUGCAAACAGUUUUUGGAGCUAUAAGAUUGCAGUCCUGGGGGGUCUCUUCCUUGGGUGUUUGACGAUUGCCGCCCACAAUUAUUUCCACAAGAAGGAUAACUACAGGAUGCUUUAUUUUAACUUUUCCCUUAUGCAGACAAGAGAAUGGAGGAUCAGCCACGUGCUCAGCCACCAUCUUCACACGAAUACUAUAGACGAUAUGGAAAUUACCAUGAAUGAACCCAUAAUACCAUUCCUCCCUCAUGAAAAGCCCGCACUCGCUAAGUAUGGGUACUACGUGCUCUUCCCCAUAUACUGGAUUAUUGCGUUCCAUGUCAAUUUUCUGAAAAGGGUUGUUUAUAUUAUAAAGGGUGACACCCAUCUAAUCCAGUGGUACGACUGGGUACCAUAUACGCUACCGUUAGCGAUGUAUGUAUUUGGCGAUCAGUCACUGUUGGCCACUUUGUGGAUGUGGACGGUCAUCAUUUUGGUUGGGAGUUUCCAUUUCUCGGCAGUUGGAUACAAUGCUGCCCAUCAUCAUCCGGAUAUUUUCCAUGAUGGGGAUGCGCCAAGAUCUGACAGUGACUACGAUUGGGGCUUAAGCCAACUGGACGCCAUAAUGGAUCGUGUAGACAUCACAGGAUCCCAUUUCUUGGUCCUGACUAACUUCGGAGACCAUGCCCUUCACCACAUGUUCCCUACUUUGGACCAUGGUACUCUGGAACUCCUGUAUCCAACACUGAAGAAAGUUUGUGAACAAUUCAAGGUCGAUUUAAGAAUGACAUCGCAGUGGGAACUUCUCAAGGGGUCUUUCUUGCAGGUGACGAGGACUCAACCAAACCCCAAUCCACCAGAUUUACUUAAAAAAUAUUAAAAAAUAAAACCGAUGCAUAGUCAAAUAGAAACCACAGUGUAUAAUUGGUUGCAUAUAGUUCUCAAGGUUUUAUCGUAGUUUGAAAUUAAUAUAUGGGUACGAACUACCAGCUACUUUAUCAUGAUAAAACUAGGUUAAUUAAGUCUGAAUGAUAAUGAUACAGCAUUCUUUAAAAAAUCUAAAUGUGCGUAGUCGUAAAUGAUUGCCAUUGUAAGCUGGUUGCCUGAGAUUUUGUUGCUUUAUCGAUGUGUUGUACAAUAAACAAAAAAAGUUGC